AUGGUAUUACACCUCUUGCUACUAGUGAUGAUUCCUCAUACGACAUGUGAGCCUUAUUUUGUAGGAUGCAGAAUCAAUCAUCCACACAACCCAAUCCACAAGUAUCAUCAGGAAGGAGACUACAUAAUUGGUGUCGUUGUAUCUCAAAAUUUCAUUUUAUCUAAUAAUGAAAUAGAGUUCAUAGAAUAUCCUCUGCCAGCAUCAGUUGAUGAUUUCAAUUUAUUGCUUAAGAAUUAUCAGCAUAUCCUGGCCUUGACAUUUGCAGUAAAGGAAAUCAAUGAAACACCUCUGAUCUUGACUAAUCUUACCCUGGGUUUCCGAAUUUAUGACAGUUAUUUCAAUGCACAGUGGACUUAUCAUGCCACAUUGCUUCUUAUAUCUUCUUUUGAGAAAUUUGUCCCCAACUAUUCAUGUGAUGCUCAGAAUAAUGUUAUAGCAAUCAUUGGUGGUCUUGAUGCCCAAACUUCCCUUCAUGUUGCAACUCUUGUAAAUACCUACAAGAUUCCACAGUUGAUCUAUACUCCUGCUUCUGUGAGAAAUAAGGAAGCUGAAAGCAUUUCUUCCUAUCAAAUGAUUCCUCAGGAGGCUCUUCAGUAUGAGGGAAUUCUUGCUUUGCUCCUGCAUUUCAGAUGGAUAUGGGUUGGGAUCAUUGUGAUGGAUAAUGAAAAUGGAGAAAGAUUUCUACAAACCAUUGUUCAAAUGUUUUCACAGCGGGGUGUUUGUUUUGCCCUCAUUGAAAGAAUCCCUACACUAAGAUAUGCUAUUGCAUUUGAUAAAAUGAUGAAAGAGGGAGAAAAGAUACGACAUAAACUAAUACAGACAAAAGCAAACAUCAUUUUGGCCUAUGGAGAAUCUUAUUCUAUGACAUAUUUUAGAUGGAUUGCAAUUUUAUUGGAGGACCAUACACUUCAAGGUAAAGUGUGGAUAAGAACAGCUCAGGUGGAACAAACUUCAUUCAUCUACCAAAAGGACUGGAAUGAAGAAUUGUUUGAUGGCUCCCUAGUUUUCACAAUUCAUGUUAGUUACAUACCAGGAUUUUCCCAAUUUCUUGAGAGACAAAAUCCUUUCCAUGUACCUGAAGAUGAUUUUAUAAAGACCUUCUGGGAAGUUGCCUUCAAUUGUAGGCUCCCAAAUGGAACUGGAGGCAAUUACAUGAAGAAUAUUUGUUCAGGGAAGGAGAAGCUGGAGAGCCUUCCUGACUCAUUCUUUGAAAUGAGCAUGACUGGCCAUAGCUAUAGCCUCUACAAUACCAUCUAUGCAGUAGCUCAUGCUCUGCAAAUGUCAUUAUUCAGAUUCAAAGACAAAAAAACAAUGGUGAAAAGACACAGGAAAGGACAGCGUAUACAAUUUUGGCAGCUCCAUCCCUUUCUGAAAAGUGUCUCAUUUAACAACAGUGCUGGGGAUAAAAUUGCCUUCAAUCAGAAUGGAGAAGUAGUUGCUGGAUUUGACGUGAUCAAUUGGAUUACUUCCUCAAACAAAUCAAGAGUGAAGGUUGGCAGGGUGGAUCCUCAGACUCCAGCAGAUCAAAAGCUGAUCAUCAGGGAGGAUGCUAUCACAUGGCAUAGUUGGUUCAAUCAGACACAACCUAUUUCUGUGUGCAGUGAAAGCUGUUCUCCGGGAUCCAGCAAGAAAGUAAAGGAAGGAGAACCAUUUUGCUGUUAUGAUUGCAUCCCAUGUCCGGAAGGGAAGAUAGCUGAUGAGAAAGAUAUGAACGACUGUUAUAAAUGCACAGACAAAACAUAUCCAAACAAAAAACGUGAUUUUUGUAUUCCCAAAACUGUAACUUUUUUGUCUUAUAAAGAGCCACUGGGUAUCUGCUUAUGCACUGCAACACUUUUCUUUUCAUUAAUCACAGUUUUGGUGCUGGGAACAUUUAUAAAGCACCAUGCCACUCCCAUUGUUAAAGCCAACAACCGGGACCUGACCUACAGCCUUCUCAUCUCCCUUCUGCUCUGUUUCCUUUCUGCAUUGCUCUUCAUUGGUCAGCCUAAUAAAGUGACUUGUCUUCUCCGACAAACUGUGUUUAGCGUUGUGUUUUCAGCAGCUAUCUGUUGUGUCCUUGCAAAAACCAUCACAGUCAUUUUAGCUUUCAUGCUUAUCAAGCCAGGAUCCAGAAUGAAUGAAUGGUUAGGGAAAAGACUAGCUAUCGCCAUUGCUUUUUCUUGUUCAUUUGUUCAAACUGGUAUUUGUACCUUUUGGUUGGGGACUACUCCACCCUUCCCAGAUGAGGAUUUGCAUUUGGUAACUGAAGAAAUUGUAUUAGAAUGCAACGAAGGGUCAGUGAUUAUGUUUUAUUGCGUUCUGGGUUAUAUGGGCUUUCUAUCCAUUGUGAGUUUCAUAGUGGCAUUUUUGGCCAGGAAAUUACCUGACAGUUUCAAUGAAGCCAAAUUUAUCAGUUUCAGCAUGUUGGUCUUUUGCAGUGUUUGGAUCUCUUUUGUUCCAACCUAUCUAAGCACCAAAGGAAAAUACAUGAUUGCUGUGGAGAUCUUUUCUAUCUUAACAUCUGGUGCUGGGCUUCUAGUUUGCAUCUUUUCUCCCAAAUGUUAUAUAAUUAUUAUGAGGCCUGAGCUGAACAAUAAACAAUACCUAAUAAAAAGAUGA